GUAUAUUGACGAUGUUUUGCGCAAUGCAUGUGCUCAGUCUGUCAGGAGCAUUCGUCGAGGGCAGAAGUGUCUGUAACUUUCGUGAUUCAUUUUACCCCUUCUACUACCGCGACGUCGGUCGUCACACCCACUCGCUCAAAGUACCAGAAGCGCGCGUUUUUUUCUUUGCGGUGUAUUUCUUCCGCCUUUACGGUUAAGUGCGAUUUAGAUCUUUUUCGGUUUGUGGCUUGUCCAUUGAGCGAAAACUUUGAAUAGUGAGGAAGUUGAGGAAAAAUCGAAGCAGGCGGAAUUUAACUUCCAGAGCGAGCACUUGAUUUGAAACCGCAUGGUUUGCUGAGUUCAAUAUUCUGUUUUGUCACGGAGCCACUCCAUGUAAAAAAAAAGUGCUCAAACAGAGGAGUGAGCGGUUUGCCUGGAGAAAGGUCGAAAAACUGUUCAAGCCACGAGAAAAUAAAGAGUGCAGUUAAAUAUAGAUUUUCCUCCGGAAUGUUGAUCAAGCCGUGUUAAAUGUGGAAAAAAAAGUGGAAGAAAAAGUAUUCAAUCGAUUUUUAUACGCGGUGGUGAACGGUGCACAAACUAGAAGGAAGAGAGUGAGCGGAUCUAAAAUUGAGCUGAAAUUACACUUGGCGCGUCUCACUGUGGUGUUCAUAGGAAGCGUAGCUGUAAUCUGUGGAUGCGGUUGAUGCACGACAUUUGCAUUCGGAUUAAUUUUUAUAGUGGUGGGCAUAUGAAAGUAGAAAGUUGACUCGUUUCCACAACGAUUAGCCGUCUGUCUGCUGAAGCCACUGCUGCAUUGAAUGCACAAUCCAAUUCCGAAAGGAGCGAUGGCAAACAUUGACUUCGAAUACAUGCGAAUAUCAAGGAAUCGAUUAGCCGAAACGUGUCGUCAAACUAGUAUCCUACAAAAUAAAUUUAAGGACACCAUUGUGAACCGUUUGGAAGGAUAGAGAAAGCAUCACGACAAUCUACCAGCCUAGGAAAAUCGAAGUGGAGUAUACCAAGGACAUAAGAAGGCUGGUUAUGCGCAAACUCGUGUUUUCUAAGAAUCUAUCGAAUCAGAACACGCCACAAAUCGAGCUUGGUUGCAAGUUUAAUGAAUGAAAUUUUUACGAGGAUAUCCACCUAGCAGAACGUCUGGGUCGUUUUACAUUCACACGUCCCACUCAUCUGCCGCGUACCUUACUCAACACAACGACGGUUUGUUGUGCAAGAGAGCGCCACAGAGAGGAAAGAACGAAAGAUAAAUAAAAAUAUAGUAUAUCUGUCUCGAACAACGGCAGAAGCUGAAAAAGCUAAACACUAAGACAUUGAAGAGCACAACGGCAGCGAGAGCUCCGACACGGUGAUUCUCUUUAGUCAUUUCGACAGCAUUGAGGAAUACAGAACGGCAUAACCCACGAGAACCACGUGGUCGUAAUCCACAACUCGUGUGCGCGGGUUCUUUGUCUAGUAAGGAAGACGGCCUUCGCGUGACGACAGCGUGGGGGACACUCGAACUCCCGGAAGAAAGUGAAACCCGGCGUGAAAGUGUGUCGAUUAGCAACAUCCUCAACAAAGCUGAAUUUCUCUCGGCCUUUGCAAUAGCCGGCGAGCCACAGCCAGUCAGUGUGUGAAUCCUAACAAAAGCUCGUCACUUACCAAGAUACCGAAAAAUUGUGAGUGAUGAUAUAAUCGAAAGAGUCUCUCCUCCAGACUAUUGGGUUAGCUUUUCGAUGAAGAAACGAAGCUAAUAAAAAUCGAGUGCAUAGAAAUUCAACCAAAAGUUGUGAAAGUAUAUUUCAAGUGGAUAUAUACAGAUUUAUUUUAAAUGCCAAAAGUGUUAGCACUUGAUUGAUAAUUCAGUGAUCCUAUUUUGAGUGAAGAAACCAAGCGUAAUGUCCCUGGAAGUGCUGUUUUUGGUGGCCGUCGCCGUCGUUGCCGUGUUUGGUUACGUUCUGUUCGUUCGGAUUCGAAUGCGAGAAAAGAAUGACGCAUUCAACCGAAUCGAAAAGAACGAAGAUCGCAAGCCAAAGCAAGGGCACGGAACAGGUGAACUCGGCAGCUCGGCAGCUGCUUCCGGUGCUGCCGGCAAGCCCAGCCGGAAAACCACAGCUUCCAAUGUGACGACCACUGUCAAGAAGCAACGCACGGCCGAUGCCAACUACCAACACCCAUGGCUCUACACGACACUGAAAGGACACACCGGCCAGGUGUUUGAUAUGGAUUUUUCCAGGAACGGGAAAUACUUGGCGACAUGUGCGGAAGAUUCGCCUUCAGCACAGUCGAGCAGCGGCAAUCAUUUAAUUAAUGGCAAUAUUAAUGAAAAUGAUGAACAAAAUGCUACCACACGCUCGCUAUCGCCGGCGUCGUCAUCGUCGUCGUCUUCGGCCUUCAGCGUUAGCGAUGGUAAAGUAACCAGCAGCGAUACUAGCAGUUGUUUAGGUAGAGGUGGUAGUAGUGGAACCAAUAGCAGCAACAACAGCAGCAGCGGUAGUAGUAGUGGCAGUACCCGUGGUGAAGACUCACCAAAUGGCCAAGGGGCAAACAAAAAGCAGCGCAGAUAUACGAAAAAAAAGCAACAGUAUAAGAAACCGAACGCCAACAACAGUACCGGCGCUAACCACAGUAACAAUAAUAACAGCAACAACAACAACAACAACAACAACAACAACAGCAACAACAACAACAACAACAGCAGAAAUAGCCACACUAACAGCAAUGGCCUUAAGACUGCAACCACUUUGCGCCCAGCUUCGCCAUCAUCGACGACGGCUAGUGACGAUUCCACUAAUACGCUACAGGAGGAUCACAUUACGCAAGCGAAAUACUACUACGGUUCUACGUUAUCAUCCCCCUCCAGUCCAUCGUCGAAAGUGAUUUCAUCUCUGCCGGUUGGCUCCAACGGUCAACAGGUUUCGAUUGGUUCCGCAAACUCAUCAUCCCCAUGUUCAUCCACAUCGUCUUCGUCGUCACAGUCGUCGACUAUCAAGAUUGAAAAGAACAUAAACUACCAAGGUCGACUGGAUGUCAGCUGCCGUACCGGUAUCGUGCAACGUGCGGACAGAAAAUUUUACCAAGGAAAUACUGGCGUCGGUCAUUUGAGCUCAUCUGUUGCCAGUACUACAAAAAAUGCAGUAAACACUUCACCGCUACGGCAAUACGUAAAGCUGAAUCUAAACGAGAACGAUCUCGUCAAGUACUUACGCAAGUACGUGCUCGAUAAGGACGUGAUGAAACAGCUUGGUUUCCCGGUGGAAUACGGACUGGACAUGGAUAAAGUUAUAAUCUAUAAAUUUCCGCACGACUUUUUCCGUCCGGCUCAAUUCUAUCCCCCCGUCUCGACAACAAGCGACGAGAAGAAACGUGCUCACGAGCGGAUAGUGGUCACAAGUGACAAGAGCGACGAUAACGACAGCGGUCAAGGUAGUGGCACAUCCUCACCGACCAAUGUAGACGACAGUGACGCACUGCUCAUGUAUCGACUUUCGUCAAAUUCGACGUCACUGAAAUCGCCACUUGGCGACAUGCAGCUGCAACCGAGUGAGGAACGAGAGUGCUGUCGCUGUGGAAAGGGAUUCUUUAUCACUCUCGAUGGGGAAUACCUGACACAGGAGCACUGCAUUUAUCACUGGGGCCGCUUGACGCGGGUUUUUAGCGGCACAGAGUUCAAGAAGGUGUAUUCCUGCUGCAAUGGCGAGUCUGACGUCAAGGGAUGUACCAUUAAUAAACUGCACGUGUGGACUGGUCUACUUUCGGGAUUCAACGGGCCGUUUGAUGGAUUUGUAAAAACGGAACCGUCUCCGAGAAAGUUGAAAAAGUUCGAAAAACUGCUACUGAACAAAUUCUACUACCAGAAUAUGAACGUCGAUUGCUUGGAGCUGCAGCCAGAGGAUGUGAUAGACGAUGAUGAAAGCGAUGGCGUUUAUGCCCUUGAUUGUGAAAUGUCCUACACUGGCCGAGGACUUGAACUGACUAAGGUGACUGUGGUUUCCGUCGAUGGUAGUCUAGUCUACGAGAAGCUCGUCAAACCAGACAUUGAGAUUGUCGACUAUAAUACUCGCUACUCUGGCGUUACCGAGACGGACUUUUCCGAUCCGUGUAACUACGUGACGCUGAAGCAAGUGCAAACAGAUCUCCUAAAAUUUGUCUACGAUGACACCAUCCUGAUUGGGCAUUCCAUCGAAAACGAUCUGAAAGUAUUAAAAAUCAUCCACAAGACUGUGAUCGAUACGUCCAUAACGUUUCCCCACAUGAACGGUUUUCCGUUCCGCCAGUCACUUAAGUCGCUCACCAAGAACAUCCUGAAGCGUGACAUUCAGAUACAGACGCAGAGUAGUGUGACGCAAUCGCAUCAACAUCAUCAUCAUCAACAACAGCAUCAUCACAUCAAUGCUGAGCUGGAUUGCGGCGACAGCAGCUGCAGUAGUAGCAAUAGUAAUAACUCAUUCGGUCACUGUUCCCUCGAGGACAGCCGGGCCAGCCUAGAACUUAUGCUUUGGCGCAUACGCAAGGACAAAGCUACUUAUGACAAUAUGUGGAGUAACAAUAUCAGUUGUUACCGAAUGCAGAAUUAAUUAAAAGAAAAAUUGCUGUGAUUAUUUUUUAAUUUAUUAAUUUUAAACCUCCGUCUCGUGCGGAACAUCACUAGUAACACUUGUUGUAGAUGGUUACUUAAUUGUGUGAUGAAUAAAAUAUACUGAUUAGGGAGCAAUUUUUUUCUCUUGAUUUGCACACACUAUGCAUCACCAAUUCCCUUCGAACCUGUCGACAUUGGCGAACAACAAAUGAGGCUUUAAAGAUUAUUGAAUGGAGGUUUCCAUUUUGAAUUCACCGAAUGUCUUGAUUCGCGAGAAUACUGCCUACCGUUGUCGUACACCAGUCGUAAUAUCCCCUGAUCACCCAACUACAGUAGAAACAAAUCGAAGUGUGCAUAUCAUUAGAGACCUAACAAACGAUCGCAAAACAAAAGAAUCCGUCCCCAUUUCGGUCAAUGCUAGGCUAAAUCGCAUCAACAAAUUACUUCACCAUUUUGUUUUUUUUUUUCACGCCCCGAGUCAAGUUCACCAUCAGGUUCCUAGAAGUCGGUAUUGUACUUUUUCAUCUUUUUCUCAUUUACCAUUCACUAAAAUUAUAAUGAUAUUGAUGCAACACAUAAAAAUGAAACCUGUCGUUUGCUUGAAUACUACCAGACGACAACGAAAAAAAGCACGCUCAGAGAUGAUGAAAGAAAUGUGUUUAUAUUUUAGUUUAAAACAAAACGAGAAAGACUGUAUUUUUAUUUACAUAAUGCUUAGUAGUUUUUUUAUUUAGUAACAUUUUUACAAAGAAUUAGACAAACGAAGCUCAAAUCAACACCACGCGCCCCCAUCACAAGAUCUAGUUAUUUUUUGUUUUCUUCGGAAGCUCAUUGACUAACAGCAAAGGGCGAUUUUUUCAGUACACAAUUGCCAGUUCUCUCGUUUAUUGCCCAUUGCAUUGAAAAUUCUCCACAACCAGCAAGUUUUCUUUUAAUUAAUUCGCUCGUACAACACCCCGAAACGUGACCUGUACCGUUGGAAAUGCGUAACGCAUUUUCUCAAAUCCAUCACUGCAAACACUUGUAUUGUCUCUACCGCCAUUGUUUAGCAAAAAAUAAUAAAACCAUGUGAGAAAAAAUAAGUACAAAAAGACAGAAAUGAAGCCAACUGCAGCAGCGUCAGAUCGGAUUUGCGCAAAUCAGUAGACAUUGGACCGCAACCAUUUCAUCUCUCGUGUUGAAGGAGUAGGGUUUUGUGAGACGAAAAAGAAACGCGCCAUUCAAGAAAUAUAUACAAACAAAACAAACUAAUAGAAGGGUAUUGAAAUAGAGAAAAACAAAUUCGAUGCAGGGUUGCUUCCACUCACUUGCUAUAAAAACAUGUUUUUCGGAAUUAUAAAAUCAUUAGAUGUUAUAAUGAUAUGUUAAACUUGUAAGUUAAAAGAAGAGACUGUAAAGUAUGUGUUUGACACAUGAAACCUGUCAAUUCCGCUUUCUGAGUGUCACAAUCAGCGAAUUUAUGAUUCGUGAUCGUUCACUCAGAGUGAGCGCUCGCGAGUCGUAAAAUCUACAGCGAAUUUGACUGAUUUUAUGUAAACACUUGCCUUUCAACCUCUUCUUGUAUCUAACAUGUACAAAACAUCACAAUAAUAUCUAAUGAUUCCAAAAUUUCGAAAAUCAUUUUUUAUAGAAAGUGAGUGGAAGCAAGCCUGAUUCGAUGUUUUCAUAUACAUUAUGUAAACGCUAGAUGUUGCAGCAACGGCAAGCCAGAGAGAGAGAGAGACAGAUUGAGGGAGCAGGCUAUACAAACUCGAAUAAACCUAUUUUACCAGACAGUCACUGCGUUCGAACGUAACAGUCAGCGGCACGCACGAGUUAUAUGUAUUUUUAGGUCACAUUUGACCUCCAAGUGCGCACAGUUACACCUCACGCGUACACACGUGCUGUGAAAAAAAAUUAAAGAA